CGGAACUACACGGAGGAGACCGACAGUUCCUGUCGGACACAGAUUCGGUGAAGCCACAGCCAAACAAACCGCGCGGAGGCUAACAACUAGCAGUGCCAGACCCGCAGUCCCGGCCCGGUCUGGUUCGACCCCAGGCAGCAUGUACGCGGACUUCCGAGCUCCCCGGCGCCGCCUCCGGGUCACGGAGGAGCUCGAGGCUCCGCUGCCGCUCAGCCCGCGCGAGAGGAGCCACUUCCAGGCAGAGCUCCUCAAUCAGCACGUGCUGGUCUGUGAUCCGCAACACAGCCAGAAGAUCCACGACCAGGGUUACUUUGGUAAAGGGGUUCUGUCCAGAUCCAGACCGGAGCACAGCAUCUCCAACCAAUGGGAGCAACACGAAGGCGUGUUUCUACCUGUGGUCUCACAGGCCAGGUAUGAGGAGCUGCUCAAGUGGGCGGGGUCAGCUCUGUCUGCUCAGGGAUGGGAUGAAGAGGCUGUUCAUCAAACCCUGCUCAGGCUUUCUCAGCCAAUACAAAUGGAGGAUGUGAGGAACCAGAUGGGAGGGGGGGGGGAGGCAGAGGAGAACGGUGAAAGGGGGAAGGAGGAGCCGGAGCAAGAAGGAGGAGUCAGCCCCCAGAUGAAGAGGUCAAGACGGGGGUCAGAGGUCGAGCCGGAGGCCAAGAGAAGCUGCAGCUCAGAACAGGACUCCGACUCCAGUUUGGACUGUGAUCCUGACUCGGAUCCUGAUCCUGCUCCUGCUCCUCUGGUUCCUGGUCCUGGUUUCCUCCUGGUGGUCUCUGACAGUGAGACUGGAGGCGGGGUCAGGGAGGUGAGGCGGACACCGUUCUUUCUCUCCGAGUACCUGCAGCUCAGUCUGGAGGAGGCCUUCUUCCUGGUCUACAGUCUGGGCUGCCUGUCCGUCUACCUGCAGCAGGAACCCCUGUCCAUCGUGCAGCUGUGGAGGACGUUUCGGUCCCUGCGUCCUGAUUUCGUCAGCUCCUAUGCAGUCUAUCAUCACUUCCGCAGCAAGGGGUGGGUCCCUAAAGGAGGGGGCGGAGCCAAGUAUGGCGUAGACCUCAUGUUGUACAGGAAAGGACCACCUUUCUACCAUGCCAGCUACUCGGUGGUUAUUGAACGGGCUGACAAUGCAUUCAGGGCCUCGCCGUUGCGCCCGUUUUCGUGGCGUUCUCUGGCAGCUCUCAGCAGGAUUACCGCCAACGUGUCGAAGGAGCUGAUGCUGUGCUACGUCAUCUAUCCAGCCGACCUAUCAGAGGCUGAGCUGGACUCACCUGUGUGUCUGAGAAGGCUGAAGGUCCAGGAAAUGAUCGUCAGCAGGUGGGUUUCCUCUAGAGAGCGAGCAGAGCAGGAUGACAUCUAAUUGGCUGGCGUGAGACGCUUAUGAGGUCAUGAAAUGGUGAUGUCACAUAAAAGGUCAUGAGGCGUCAAAUAGAAUCUGUGUUUUCCGUUAAAAGACUUUAAUGACUGAAGAAAGAAGAAAUGUGAGCCCUCUGCCAGCCUCUCACCCUCACCUGUCCGGCUCCAUGACAGGUGGUGAUCAGCUGAAAGGUGUCAAGGAACAGUCAUUCACUGACCUUUGACCCCAGGCCUUCAGGUACAUGAUUGGACCUGAAUGCCUGUGUUUGUAUGAAGUUCACGCUUUGAGUUUUUACUUGCUUUGUUGAAAUGCUGCCAUACCUGUGCGUUGCAGGUGACUUUUCUGUUUCUAAUAAAGGUGAACACACCUGAAUCUGCCUGUUUGUUGUGACUUAUGUAUCACUGCACCACAGCACACUCAUCAUUUCCACACAGCGAUGGUUUGUUUGAAGGGUUUUAUGUUCUGACCGUGCAGAUCAAAGGACGUAGAACCUCUUCGAGAACUCACGUGAGAACAGGUGUGACUGAGUGUCUUUAAGUCUUCAUCG